AUGGCGGUGAAUAGCGACAUGAUGGAGAAGAUGCUGAAGAUGAUCGAAGUGACGCAACAGCAAAUGCAGUUGCAGGCAACUCGGCAUCAAGAAUCGAUUGACAAGUUGAUCAAGUCCAUGUCAUCUGGAAAGAUCAAUGGCAAUCCGGGAACGGUGAGCCAAAGCGAGUCAAGCGUGUCGCAAUCACAGCUGAUAAAUGUGAUCAGCGGCAGGAUUUCACAGUUCCAGUUUGAUCUGGAAACAGAGAAGACGUUUUCGAGGUGGUAUGAACGGCACUGGAACUGCGUUCGACCAAGAGGGAAAAAGAUUUGCCGGAUGAGGCGAAAGUUUCGUUGCUUGUGAGUAAACUUUCGGACGAGGUGUAUGAGCAGUUUUUCUAAGCGGAUCUGUCCGAAGAAACACACCGAAAUGAAGUUUGAGGAGACUGUCGGACUUUUUGAGGAAGAUGUUUGACGUGAAGAAAAGUAUUUUCUCCCACAGAUUUGCGUGCAUGAACAUUAUUCGGGACGGUGACUCGACGGUCGAGUACACCAACAAGGUGAACGCGAUGUGCGAAGCAGCAAAUCUGGACAAGAUCGACAUCGACGGAUGGAAAGUCUUCUUCUGGUUAAAAGGGUUAGAUGGGUCGAAAGACAAGGCUAUCCGGGCAUAUUUCAUAAAAUAUGUGGAACAGAAGUGGGAAAAAGAAGAAACUGUCACGAUAAACGACCUCUGCGAAGAGUGGCAGAAAGCGGACAGACAGAACUGUGUGGUUUCAGAGAUGGAGAAGAGUGAACCGGCUGUAAGAGCGGUACACUCCAGAGGAAACGGAAAAGGAAAGAAACCAACGAGAGACCGAGAUCGUUCAGGGGGACAAGAGGAAGCUUGUUGGAAUUGUGGGCAAAAGGGCCAUAAAAAGCCGGAUUGCAAACAGAAACUGACAAAAUGUUUCAAUUGUCAACAGAGCGGUCAUAUGUCAAAGUACUGUAAAAGCAAGAAGAGUGGCACGAGGAAAACUCAGAACGUGAAGCUAAACAGACACGUGAACGCUGUACGACAGUACGUCACGGCGGACAUAAAUGACAGGUCGGUGGAUUACCAGCUUGACACUGGUUCCGAUAUUACUUUGAUUGGAAAAGACGAGUGGAUUAAGAUCGGAAAACCAAAACUGGAGAGUUUCGCAACAAGAGUGACAUCCGCGAGCGGUGAUGACUUGAAAUUGUUGGGGAGAGCAAACGUCAACUUCACGUUGAAAGGCUCGCAAGCUUCUGGUUUUGUGUACGUCCGCGAGAAAGGCAAUCUGCUAGGGCUAGAUUGGAUCGGGAAAUCGACGGAAAUGUCGUAUUACCUAGGGUUGAUGGUAAACGAAGUGAAGAGUCCAGACACGGAAACACUUCGAGCGGAAUUAAAGAGAAAAUUUCCGGAAGUGUUCAAAGAAGGACUGGGGCGAUGUACUAAGGAAAAGGCAGUGCUGACUGUGAAACCUGGGUCGUCGCCGGUGUUCAAACCAAAGCGUCCGGUACCAUACGGAGCUUUGGAAACAGUGGACAAAGAGCUGGUCAGACUCGUGAGUCUGAAAGUUCUCAAGAAGGUGAACCACAGUACGUGGGCGGCACCUUUGGUGUGCGUGCGGAAAGCAGAUGGGGACACGCGGAUGUGUGCAGACUUCAAAACGGGCUUGAACGAAGCUUUGGAAGAUGAAGAUCACCCAAUUCCGACGCCAGAAGACGUGUUCGCGACGUUGAACGGAGGAACAGUUUUCUCAACAGUUGAUCUCAAGGACGCGUACUUGCAGAUCGAACUGGCCGAAGAGUCAAAGGAGUUAUUAACGGUAAACACACAUCGUGGGCUUUACCAGUACCAGAGACUUCCUUUCGGGGCAAAAACGGCGCCGAUGGUGUUCCAGCGGAUCAUGGACAAAAUGAUCACUGGACUGACAGGCGUGACGGCAUAUCUCGACGAUAUUAUCGUUGUUGGCCGAACUGGAAAAAGAGCACAUGGAGAAUUUGAUAGAGUUGUUCAAGAGGAUUUCUGAAUAUGGCUUCAGAGUGAAAAAUUGAAAAAAAUGUCACUUUCUCGGCGAGGAGAUAAAAUUUUUUGGGUUUUAUCAUUGAUAAGAAUGGAAGAAGACCAGACAAGGAAAAAGGUGCAGGUGAUCAAGGGCAUGUGAGCCGAAGGACCAAAAGGAGUUGCGGAGUUUUAUGGGAAUGAUCACGUACUACAGUGCGUUCAUUCCGCAUAUGAAAUCGCUCCGUGGUCCACUCGACAAACUGCUCAUGAAAGAUUGUGAUUGGAUUUGGACUCAGAAAGAGGCUGAGGCUUUUCAGAAGUUGAAAGACGUCCUGUCGUCUGACCUGAAUCUGACACAUUACCAGCCGAAUAUUCCGAUUGUUGUGGCAGCCGACGCGUGCGAUUACGGAAUUGGAGCCGUUAUUAGUCAUCGCUUUGCCGAUGGAACGGAGAAACCGAUUGCCCAUGCAGCACGUUCUUUGAAUUCUGCGGAAAAGAACUACUCCCAGAUUGAAAAAGAGGGCCUUGGAUUGAUAUUUGCAGUGAAAAGAUUCCACAAGUACUUGUUCGGUAGAAAGUUCUUACUGAGAACGGACCACAAACCGUUGCUCUCCAUUUUUGGAAGUAAAAAGGGAAUUCCAGUACACUCGCAGAAUCGAUUGGUGCGUUGGUCCACGAUUCUUCUAGCGUAUGAUUUCGUAAUCGAAUACGUGAAGACCGAUGAUUUCGGACAAGCCGAUGCGCUGUCGCGAAUGAUUCAGAAGAUGCCAUCCAAGAAUGAGGAUAUGGUCAUAGCUCAAGUGGAAGUGGAUGUAGAAGGAUCUCUGCAGUCUGCUGUCCGAAGACUACCAGUUCGAGUCGAAGACGUACAGUCGGAGACGGAAAGAUAACGUUCUGAAGGAAGUUAUCAAGUGUAUUUCCCGAGGAGUUUGGCCAAAGAAACUGGAAGGGAAAUUGAAGAAGUUCAGCUCGAUCAAGCAGUCGUUGUCCGUUGUGAAAGACUGCGUAAUGAUGAGUGAAAGAGUUGUCGUACCGGAGAUGUUGCAGAAGACAAUUCUGAAGCAAUUGCACGAAGGACAUCCGGGCAUGGUACGGAUGAAACAACUCGCGAGAGCGUUUGUUUUCUGGCCAGGAAUGGAUGAGGACAUUGCAAAAGUGGUUGCGGCGUGCAACACUUGUCAAAUCCACGGAAAAACGCUGAGAAAAGUGCCACUAGAGCCUUGGAACACACCGGAACGUGUUUGGCAAAGAGUGCACAUUGACUAUGCGGGUCCCGAGAACGGACAGUACUAUCUGGUGGUGGUUGAUGCAAAGUCAAAAUGGCCAGAGGUAGCGAUUGUUAAAUCAAUCUCGAGCGUGUCUACUGUACGAACGCUGAAAGGCAUAUUCAGUUCUCAUGGAUAUCCCGAGACGUUGGUUUCGGAUAACGGAACACAGUUUGUUUCCAGAGAAUUUGCUAAUAUGUGUCAUGAGUACGGAAUUGAACAUAUCCGGUCUCCUGCAUUCCACCCACAGUCUAACGGGCAAGCUGAACGCUUCGUAGACACUCUGAAAAGAGGCUUGAAGAAGUUGAAAGAGGAGGGGAAUGUGAACCCGGAAAUAAUGUCGCAAUUUUUGUUCCAUUACCGGUCGACACCGUCUAAUGCACUUGGAGGUUUGACGCCGGCGGAAGCUCAUUUCGGAAGACGUAUUCGUACGAAGAUGUCUCUCCUGGUUCCGAUGUUGAACAAAUGUUCGGAUUCCCGUCCGGGAAUGAAGGAGCAGUUUGACAAACAUAACGGAGUGAAAGAUCGAACUUUCGAUGUGAACGACGCAGUCUUCACAAAGAUUUUCGAACACAAUUCGUGGUCUUGGAUACCAGCUACGGUUAUUCAACGACGCGGUCGUGUGGUGUACGUUGUCAGUCUGAACGACGGACGUGAACGAACGGUUCAUGCUAAUCAGCUGAAACCGAGAGUGCUUGAAAAUGGAGUGAGCAAGGAGGAUCGAUGGAGGUCAACGAUGGAGGAUAUCUUUGAGUUGUCGUGUGAUGGAUUCUAUUUCAACGAGACCGUGAAGGGAAAGGAGGACACUUCCACCACUGGAACGAGAUCGGAGAAUGCGAGAACAGACGUCACGAUGCAAGGAGAUACCGGACAACCAGGACUGCCUCAAGGAGCAUCACCUCAAGGAUCGCAAAGCCAAGGAUCGCAAAGUCAAAGACAACAAGGUCAGGGACAACCGAGUCAGGGACACGCGAAUCAGGGACAAUCAGGUCAACCACAUUUGAGUCAAGCACAAGGAGCGCCAGAAGAUGAAGAGCCGCUGCGUCGGAGUGGGCGCGAGAGGAAACCUAUCGUCAGAUUCGAUCCGAGUAACAGGACUUAA